UAAACGAUACACGAGAAGAUUAAUAACGUUAUCGCGCUGUCACGACUGUUUUAACUCCUGGUUUCUUUAAAAAGUUACACCUUCCGUUAUACCUUCACACGUGUAAUAUUCAUACGAACGGUGGCUAUUUCGCAUUUCUUUUGCACCGGGAAACAGGUACGCAAUCAUGGUCUAUGCUUUUUGCACGCGAUUAAACACAGCGAUCGAGGUAGAACGAGCGCGCGCAAUUCAUGCUAAUCUGAAAAGCAUAUUUAUACUCCUAGAGGUGGAACAAUCUCAGGUUUGCAGAGCUGAGAAAAAUAAAAAUCUUCGUUUACCAAAUAAACCAAAUUUCGAUCGUUUUCUACUUGAGGGUAUAGGAUAUCUGAGGAUGGCAAAAAAUUUCAACAGUUGGAUCUUGCCGAACGGCAAGAAGAGUAGGAUUUUGCGAAACAUUUUGAACACUCUGGGAAGGGUACGAUUUCAAUAUAAAAGAAUGAUACGUAUGCGUGAGCUACUUCUUGCCGGAAUAAUAGAUAAUAGAAUUCGGGAAGAUAUUGUCUUUGGUUUGGACAAUGUGUUUCAAGUGACCGACCAGCUCAGAACUGAUUCGACCGUAGGCGAGUACGACUUAGACGAGUACGAAGUAAUUGAAUUUUACGAUUGGCAAAGCGAGAGGAAAACACGCACUUAUUUGCUGAAUAAGAUCAACUUGCUAAUUGACAAAAUUAACUAUGCAAUUAUCAAGAGAUAUUUGACUCUGUAUUCUACGCUGCAGAAAUAUUGCAAGAAAGCAACGCAAUUUUUGCGCAACAAUAGGAAAAUUCUGCAAUCAAGCAAUCUUCGAAAGCGGAAUUCGUGCUGCAAAUAUCAUUUUUUAAAGCAAUUAAUUGCCUGUUGCCAUCAUGUUUUAUCGCUAAAUCAAUUAAAUGAUGGUAAGGACUAAGAAACACAUGACUUGAACCAUAUAAUUCUAUUUUUAAUGUAUUUUAAUUUAUCCGUAUCCACAGUAAUAAUGUUAAUAUUAUACCUAUACCUUUUUACUCUUUUUGAUGAAGCGAACUUUUUGUAAUAUUUUUGUUCAAAUUGUGUUGUAUAACUCAUUUUCAGUUUAAAAAAAGUUUUUUUAAAAUUAUUAUCAACGUACCGAUCAAUAAGAUAUAAAUGCGCAUGAAUGCAACGUAAUUUUUUGUCGGACUUGCAUUUAUGACAUGUAUUUGACUUUCUUAUUUUUUACUAUCUAAAAAGAAAGAUAUUCGAAAUAAGACAUGUGACGAAAAAAUGGAAAUUGUACAUUUAUAUACAUUUAUAUACAUUUAUACGUAAUAAUUCA